AUGUCCAAGGACAAACGACGAAGCAUUUUUGGCCGCAGCUCCCUGAGUGCCCUCGGCUUGCAGGUGCCCAAAGAUGAUUCACAACCAGCAACGUUGCUGCGAAAGCGGCGGGCCGCCUCUUUCAUGUCCAAUCUCUCAGACGUAUCCCAGCAUGGAGAACACUUGCAACCCUUCGACGGCACCACUGCCUUAGCCGAGCCGCCUGCGUCGCCCCGACCAACUCUCUCGCGAGGCAGCAUCAAACGUGCAAGCUCCGUCUUCGGCUCCUUCCGCGGCUACAAAGAAGACGACGAACCUCUCUCUGCAACGUCUACACGCACCUCGACAGGGUUUGGGGAAUAUUUGGGCGAAGACGUACGCAACCGCCAGGCGCUACAUUAUGGCGAGGUGCAGACGAGCAGUUCCAUGUUCAGGAAGAAGAGGGAAUACCUGGUCCUGACAGAGACGCAUUUGAUCCGGUACAAGCAUCAUGCCAAAGCCGCAGAAGCUUUCCCAGCCAUACAAUCAUCCUAUACCCGUAUAAAUACCCAUCGACACAGUUCAAACCCUUCGACUGGCUCCUCGCAUGACCUCCAAUCCCUGGCCUCGGAAACAUCUGGCGACCGCGAUCAUGGCAUACCUUUGCGCCAUGUUGUCGCCGUCUAUCAUCUCGACGACGGACGACCCCAUUUUGCGUUGGAGCUAUACUAUCUGGACGACGAAACCAACCACGCUUCCUCCAUGACGCUCCAGUUUGGAGACCCAGAGGAGAUGUAUACAUGGCUUACCAACAUUCGCGAAGCUGCCAAUCGCGCAAGAUUGGCCGACGCAAACCCUCUAUCUGCGCACAACUCCCACUUAGCCGCCCGUGUGGUUGAAGCCGAACGGGACUACGUUCCUCCGCACUACGCCAUCUACAAAGUCGUUCUUCGUCCACAAGGCAAAACUACUUCGAGGGCAUCGUCUGACGAUUUUUCAAAACUUUCUGCUUCCGUAUGUUUUCUUGCAAUUGGCAUACACAAGGUGCACUUGAUUCCAUUAUUCAAGCCGCCAACCCAACGAUCCUCUAGCCCGUCGUUAAUGUCCCAUAAUACCCAAUCCGCCCAUGGCAUCCUCAAUCUUACUGAAGUCAGCGUUAGUGAAGUCGACGACACCUUUACACUCACAUUUCGGAAGCCACUAGAGCGUCCCAAGAUCCUUCAUCUGGCAUCGCUUGCAUCACACGACAUCGCCGUCCGUUUACAACACGUCGAAGGGAAUUUAAGACCAGAGUGGGAAUCGCGCCCGUACCAAUUCCUCGUACCGGACCAUGUAAAUCAUGAUAGCGCCAGACAGGAUAGCCCACAUCCAAUCGACCAAGACUCCUUGGAUCGCACCCUGAUCGGCUACUGUGUGGCUUACGAUGUACAACCUGAAGUCAUCAGCUAUCAAAUCACGUAUCCGCCCGAAGAUCGCCCGCGUUUCGAGCUUCUGCGACCCGUAGGCAUACGUAGAACCCAGUACACCAUACUUGAGCUUCUGGCCGUCAUGCGGUCCCUGCGGUACAAUGAAACGUUUAGUGGAAUAUCUUUCAAGGACGUACAUUUGGAUGUUCUGAAUGGGCUGAAAGACCAACAUGGCGCCGAGCAUUUAUGCUUGAAGACCAAGAGAGGCACAUAUGCGCGCUUGGACAUUGAAGAGCUUGAACGGUCUUGUCUAUUGGUGCAAGAAAUACGAGCUCUGGCUUUGACGAAUCGCAACCUCAGGAGAUUGGAUUUUUCAUCGUGCAUCACACGAAGCCCUAAAGACCAUGGAGAGUCGGGUGCCAAUGCCCGGGACAUGGGCUGCGGCAUAGUAGAAGCUUUAUUUCCUCUUUGCAAGUAUCAAACGACCAACGUGGACUGGAUAGCUCUGAACAACAUUCAGCUUGGCGAUACCGACCUGGAUUAUUUAGUCGCAGCCGCGGUCGAACGAGUUUGUCACUUACGGGGAUUGGAGUUGAGUGGUUGUGGCUUGACCGAUCGCGCCUUAUCGCUGAUUCUAGACGCACUUCGAGCGCAGGAGACCACCAUGGAGUGCUUAAACCUAUCGUCCAACCCGUUUCGGCUGUCACCUGCCAUAUUCGAUUCCCAGAUUGGGGUUUUUGGCUACCUUACAAGGCUUGACCUUUCGCAUGUCGCACGCUCGUCCGGCCUCGAAUCGCUCAUAUCAGUGGAAACGUUCCAGGCAUGGAGAUUACAGGAGCUUAUUCUCAGUGGAACAUCACUCAACUCCGCCAUGGUUGAUGCAAUCGCUAGCUAUCUUGUCAAUUACAAGCAGUCUAGCGGUCUCCGAGAGCUUCGGUUAGAUCACUGUUUUCUUACUGGAAGGGACAUAGCGUACCUGCUGCAUUCCAUGACAGAGCAUCCUGGCAAGGCUCGCGAGUUGCAUCUGGAUGUCAGUGAGAAUAAUAUCGAGGAAAACCUCGGAAAGCUAACAAGAGCUAUCGCGAGCGGCCUUGCCCCGUCUAGCUUGACCAUCCGGCUGCUCGAAUUCGAAGAGGAAGCAGACUUUCGGAAGAUGAUUCUCGCGCUCGCCGCAAACAACACCAUCCGACAGCUCGACAUUUCGCGGGCUUCUUUACCUUGUGAUGCUUCAGAGGAUACCUGCCAAGCUAUGGAGAGAAUGUUCGCGGACAACACAAGCCUCGAAUGGCUUGACAUAUCUGGUGAAGACUCUCGUUUGGAAACCACCAAGCUUGGUGUCGGGGUGAAUCGAGCGCUGCGUGGGCUGCAAAGGAACAGCACCCUGCGCGUCUUGUACAUCCGAUAUCAAAAACUCGGUAUACAAGGCGCCAGUACACUCGCAGACGUUCUAAAAUCAAACACAGCUUUACAGUAUUUGUACUGCGAAAACAACGGCAUUGCACUAACGGGCUUUACCGACCUCGUUAACGCUCUACAUCGAAAUACGACACUCCUCUAUCUUCCUUCGAUGCAAGAAAGCCGGCAGAUGGCGCUCAAACAAACGGAGGACCAGGUCAAGCAGAUGCGCGAUGACGUACCCGUUCAUACACAGUCAAGGUCAGUCUCUGUCCGGAGCAAGCUUGCAAGUAAAGUAAGCGGCAAGGGUCCAAAAGAAAAGGUCCACCCAAUGGGUCUUUCAGAUCAAGACAUCAAAGCAGCGCUCGGCUUAGUGGAUGAGAGCUGGGCACGACAGGAGUACCGACUAGAGCAGUAUUUACAGCGCAACUAUAACAUCGCGCAUGGUAUUCCAACUGCAAUGGAUGUCGACGAAGAGGAAUUUGAGCGCCCAGACACAGCAACAAGUCUGAGCAGGAUUAUUGAAAGAGUCAAGAUCGAAAGCACACCUACGACCGAAAAAGAUGCUCAGCUUGGAGCGGCUACUCCGGAAACGGACUACGACAUAACGCCCCUUGAAAAGCAGCUUGAAAUGUCAUUUUCGCAUAAUCGACUGGCCUACACGUCGACAUCCUAA